AUGUUGGCACGGUCUCCCGUUCCCACAACAAACCCGGCCAAUGCAUCGCCUCAGAGCAGCUUCCACAGCUUCCGCUAUGCCCCUGCGCCCUCGCCGCGAUACUCUUCUCCCCGGGUUCCGGCCGUCGCCAAAUCUCGCCGGUCGUCGUCCAACUCUCCCGCGCCCGCAAUAGUACCGUUCCCCGUCCCGCAGCCGAAGCGAUAUGUAGCCGUCGAUGCUGCGACUCAGUACUCGCCCAUGGAGCCUAUGGACUACGCCACCGGCGCAUUGCUCCCGCGAGUACCACCCACCACAACCGACCGCCAUUCAUCCAAGGCGCAGAAAACAAUGGCCGCCUCCGAUGAGCGGCCCGCCGUCGCCGUGCAGCCACCGGCGAGGCCCGCUAAACCAGUGCCCGCCGGCCCGAAGCAGCGCAUCGAAGCCCCGACUCUCCCGACCUCUCCGUCCAAGCGGAGGAACUCGCAAGGGCCCGGGAGCAUAAGCGCUUUAGCAACCGAUCCGUUACAAAACCCCUCAAUACUCGCCAAGCGGGUGAAGCCCGACACGGCGCCCCCCAAAAUCCUGCCAUUACGAUAUGAGCUCUGCGCGGUCGAGGAUGUGGUAGUCCUCAUUGCGCACAUGCUCGGCGAACUUAUCGAGACGAACGAUUCGCUCGCCCUAAAAUCGGGCCAUUUGACUAGAUUUCAUUCCCGAACGGCCCCGGGAAUAUCAGUACCAGACUACCUUCACCGCCUUGCGAAGCACGCGACCCUCACACCGCCCCUCCUACUCUCGAUGGUCUACUACAUCGACCGCUUGUGCGCACUAUACCCCGAUUUUACUAUCAACACGCUUACCGUCCACCGAUUUCUCAUUACUGCUGCCACGGUCGCGGCGAAGGGCCUGUCGGACGCCUUCUGGAACAACUCGACAUAUGCCCGAGUUGGGGGAGUCAAGGUCGCCGAACUGAAAAUGCUGGAGCUCGAGUUCCUGCACCGGGUCGACUGGAAGAUCGUGCCCAACCCGGAAGUCCUAGUCGCGUAUUACGCGGGACUUGUCGAGCGAUGCCCGGGCUACUCCCUCGAGGGACCGGAAAACAGUGACAGCGACGCUAUAGACGAUAGCGACGAAUUAGACGACGAUGAUAUUGCCGAGGAAGGGCAAGCGGUGUCUUCAAGGAAUGGGAUACCGGGGACAGCACAUACCCGCAGAGGGCCAUCCCUUGGCAGUGCAUAA